UUGAUUUAAGCAUAUAUUGAUAGUAAUUUCUUUGUUGUGUGAAUCUAAGAUAUGAUUUAUAUUGUGUAUUAGCCUGUUGUGUAAUCCGGAAACUUAAACCGGAAAUUUAUAAGCAUCUCGUGUAUCACUCUAAAAUUACAGCGUCUGUACUUCCUUUUUCACUCGACCCAUGAACCAGCAGACGGUUUAAAAAAUUGAGAGCUUAAAUAUUUUGAAAAAUAAUCGUGAUUUAAUCGUGAAGUUACGGAUAAAAUUCUAGUAAUUUUGAAAAUUUUGUCAAACUAGUCAUAUUGGAUUAUAAAUAAGACUUUGAUUGCUGUCGAUGGCAGCGGAUUUAUAGGAUAUUUCGGAGAUUCUUGUUUGACCUUGUGCAGCAUGCUGUAGGCUGAAGUUAUUCAGUUGAUAAUUGUUAGACAUAACUUUCUUGAUAUAAAAGACUUUUCUGUAAAAAAAAAUUGUGAAAACAUGCCGCCCAUAAGAACACGACGGAGGGGAGAGAGGAGAAAAAAGCAGGUUGUCGGAGAAGGUCAGCCCCGGGAGCCGGAGGAAUCUGACCCAGCAGCGGAAUCAGUGGCGACACAGCGGGCGCCGACAUGCGACGGAUUAGGGUCCGCAAUUUCCAACCAAUCUGAAUCAACAGGGUUACCAAAACCAGACAGGAUUUCAGUUUGGAUUGUAGGGUCAUCAAUCAUAAAAAGGGCAUUCAUACAAUCAAGAUUAAGACCUGGGGGAUGGAGCCUGGGGCUGAGCGAAAGAGGGGUAGAUAUUUGGUGGCAAGGGUAUGGAGGGUUAAAAUUUAUUGACUUAGUUCAUAAGGUUAGGCACUUGGCCACAUUAGAGGAUCCUCCAAGAUAUUUAAUUAUUCACUGUGGGGCUAAUGAUUUGGGUCAAAUUAAACUGUCCAGAUUACUGUAUAGAAUUAAAUGGGACAUCCAAUUACUUUCAAGAAUUUUCACCAACACUACUCUUGUUUGGUCUUUUCUCCUCCCCCGCAUUUCAUGGAGACACUCGAGUAAUGUUAGAGCUACACACACAGACAUAUCUUUUUUGAAAUAG